AUGCCAGAGCCGAUCGCAGUAGUGGGCUUCGCGUUUGAGUUCCCCGGGAAUAUUCGUACAGAGGAUGCGUUUUGGGACAUGCUCGUGGAUCGCAAAGUUGACGCACCAACAAUUCCGAAAGACAGGUUCAAUCCUACAGCGUUUGGACCAGUAUCUGAGAAGGAUCUAGGCGCGUGGGGAACCCAAGGUGCACACUUUCUGAGAGAGGAUGUCGGAGCAUUUGAUGCGCCCUUCUUUUCUAUUUCUCCGGCUGAGGCCGAAGGAAUGGAUCCUCAGCAGCGGAAGCUGCUUGAAACUACGUAUCAUGCGUUAGAGAACGCGGGCAUACCAAUGGAUUCGCUGCGAGGAUCUAAGACGUCUGUUCAUGUGGGCUGCUUCACGGGUGAUUACCAUCUUAUGCAGUGCAAGGACCCUGACACGAUGCCAACGUACCAUGCCACCGGAAACUCUUCCGCCAUAUUGGCAAACAGGAUCAGUUGGUUCUUCGACCUUAAGGGACCUAGUGUUAUGAUGGACACAGCAUGUUCUAGCAGUCUGGUGGCGCUGGACCAAGCAUGUCAGGCCCUCCGCCAAAACCAGACUUCCAUGGGCAUCGUGUGUGGCUGCAAUCUGAUCUUGACCCCAGAAUCGGUAACGACGAUUGGCAAGAUGGGAUUUCUAUCGCCUGAUGGGCUUUGCCAUAGCUUCGAUGAAAGAGGCAAUGGAUAUGCCCGCAGCGAAGGGUUGGCGUCGCUGGUCGUAAAACGGGUAUCUGAUGCGAUUCGGGACAAAGACACGAUUCGCUGUGUGAUUCAAGCAACGUCGACCAACCAAGACGGGCGCACGAUCAAUUUAGCACAGCCAUGCGAGGCGGCUCAAGAGGAGCUUCUUCGUUCUACUUACGAUACUUUCAAUCUGGACCGUUCGUUGACUCGGUUCUGCGAAGCUCAUGGGACUGGAACCGCAGUGGGGGAUCCGAUAGAAAUGAACGCUCUCUCUUCGUCGUUCCAUGGUAUUCGCAAUGACGCUGAUCCUCUCUUCAUAGGGGCUACAAAAGCGAAUCUUGGACAUCUUGAAGCUGCCAGCGGUGUUGCGGGAAUCAUCAAAACUAUACUAGUCCUGGAGAAAGCCCUCAUCCCCCCAAUCGCACAAUUACAGCGUGUAAAUUUCAGAAUCAAGGCACAUAAUCUCAAAUUCCCUACUGAGUUGACCCCAUGGCCGUGUCCCGGGCCACGCCGGGCAUCCGUACAGUCGUUCGGUUUCGGAGGCACAAAUGCCCACGCCAUUCUCGACGACGCUGCAAACUUCCUAGAAAGUGGCGGCAUUCCGUAUGAUGUGAAGCCUCGAACGGACUCGCAUCACAGCAGCUCUGAAAGUCAACUCGCCGCGUUAGAAGAAUCUCCUCGCCAGCUCCUCGUCUGGUCAGCACCCAACAAACCAUCUCUAGAACGGGUCCUUCAGUCUUACAGCCGCUGCCUGGCCGAUGCUGUGGCUAGUUCGAAGUUCGGUGACGAGGUGCUCCCCAGUCUCGCGCAGACGCUAAGUGAACGACGGACCCGGUUUCCACAGAGAGCAUUUGUAGUAUCACACUCUGUACAGCAGCUGGAAUCAUCAAUCCGAGACGCUCCUGUAGUCAGUCCUUCAGUAUCUACACGGAAAAUGGCGUUUAUUUUCACUGGCCAGGGUGCUCAGUGGCUCGGAAUGGGUCGAGAACUUUUGGCGUAUCCAAUAUUCGAACAGAGCAUCCUCCAUUCGCAGCAUAUAUUAUACGCAUUGGGAGCAAGUUGGGACCUUUUAAGCGUGUUCCGCCACAAAACAGGGAUUGAUGCCACCAUAGAUCUGUCAACGAGCGCGGAGAAAAGUCAGUGCGUGUGUACCGCGCUGCAGAUAGCUUUGGUGGACCUGACGAGGUCGUUUAACGUAGUCCCUGAUCAUGUUGUCGGGCAUUCCUCUGGAGAGAUCGGUGCUGCGUACGCAAUUGGAGCAAUAUCUGUCGUAUCAGCCAUGCGAUUAGCGUAUUUUCGUGGCAAGCUCUCAGACGAACUGGCGGCCGAUCAGUCCAUUCAAGGUUCCAUGAUGGCAGUUUCACUUUCCGAAAGAGAAGUGGAACAGUACCUAGCUAGCAUCAAUCUUUCUAACAACGGGCAGGUAGUGGUGGGGUGCAUUAAUAGCAGUAGAAGCCUGACUCUCUCGGGUCCGCGAUCGAAACUUGCAGCGUUGGAAACGAUUCUCCAAAACGCGGGUGUAUUUGCACGCAUGCUCAAAGUUCCUGUUGCUUAUCAUUCGCCUCAAAUGCAAACCAUUGCAGCACAAUACGAAGCAGCCAUUGGGGAAAUCGAGAAGGGGAAUGACACCGGUACUGAAGCAUCCAUGAUAUCCUCUGUAACCGGAGCAGCAGUUCUGCCUCAGACUCUUCAGGAUGCGAAGUAUUGGGUUUCGAAUCUUGUAUCAUGCGUGCGAUUUUCCGAUGCCGUGGCCCAGUUCAUGGGUACGGCGCACAACAUUCUUGAGAUUGGACCUCACGGAGCGCUCAAAAGUCCCAUACAAGAUAUUGCCGACGAUCUAGAUGCUGGCACAUACUCUUACAGUUCGGCUUUGCUGCGAUUUCAAUCUGCUACGGAAACAUUGCUCAAAGCUAUGGGAGAACUGUACUGCCACGGUCACGGCAUCAGCAUUCUGUCUGUAAACGAGCCUUUACACCACAAAGCAACAACCCUUAGGCCAAACACCCAGCUUCCGCCCUACCCAUUUGACCACUCGACGAGAUACUGGCACGAAUCACGUCUAAGUAAAUCGCUACGGCUCCGAAACCACGCUCCACACCCUCUUCUCGGAGUAACGGUCGCCGAUUGGAACCCACUCGAGCCGCGUUGGCGACAUUUCCUUCGUUUGGAUAAGUUGAGUUUCAUUGAGGACCAUCUUAUCAACAACACGAUUGUAUAUCCCGCUGCCGCCAUGAUUGCAGCCGUGCUCGAAGGCGCAAAGCAACUGGGCGAGCUCCAAGAAUCGGGCUCUGGCGUCAGUGGAUACGAAAUUCGCGAUGCGCGAUUCAUCAAUGCACUUGUAUUUCCAACUGCGCAAACAGAAAUCGAGGUAGAGCUUCGGUUUCGCAAAUCAGACCAUAACAGGUACGAUUACCGAUUGUAUAGUUAUCGAGACGAAAACUGGACGCAUCAUUGCGAGGGAACCGUCCGCGUGCAGUACGACUACUCCAAUAAUGAGACGGUGGAGACGCCGUUGCGUACCCAACACCCGAUGCGAACUACGCUCUCGAGAGCAGUAGAAAGCUUUGAGGGUAUUUCUUUGGCGCGCGAACGCGUCCUGGAUAACGAUCACCUCUAUAAUCAGCUUUUCCACAAGUUCGGGUACCAGUACGGAACAACGUUCCAAGGCCUGCACAGUCUCGCCAGUGAUGGCAAAAACAAAGCUACCGCGACGAUUAUCCCAUUAGAAGGAGAUGCAAAGGAAAGGGCAAACAUCAGUCAGAGUCAUGUAAUACACCCAGCUGCUCUAGAUGCAGUAUUACAGCUAGCACUAGUUGCAGCUGCAAGAGGGGGUGAAGGCACCAUCCCCACCGUCGUUCCUGAGAGAAUAAACCGGCUUUGGGUGUCUUCCUUGGGUCUGAACUUCCCUAGUGAUGACGGAACUGAAGUUAAGGUUGUCGCUGAAUCAGUAAUGCAAACGAAGCGGAAAAUGGGCGCUUCCGCUUCUGCCUUUUCGAGCAACGGCCGCAAUCUGCUCAUACACGUGCAAGACUUCGAAGGGACUUCAAUAUCGAACAACGAAGCGAGUUCUUCGGACGAGCAACAGAUCACGAGGGAACGCGUCUGCUACCGAAUGGAGUGGCAGCCGGACCACAGCCUCAUGAGUUCGGAACAGUUGGCUGACCACUGCUGGGGGAAGAUCACACCCGUAGUACCCGAGCUCGACAUACUAGCUUUCGAGCGAGAGGCUACAGUACUAAUAUUUCGCUCCAUCUUUAAUGUACAGAAGAGGCUCUCUUCCGGAUGUAUACAGCUUGCAAAGCCAUAUUUUCAAAAGUAUGUCGAUUGGAUGGAGAUCCAGCGACAUGCAUUCAAUUCAGGAGUCUACCCCGAAGUGCGGUCCCGAUAUGAUUUCUACCAAGCCAACGACAGCGCCCUCAAAAAUUUGCGGGAACGAGUCGCAGCUAACAAGUUAUGGCGGUUCUACGGGGCAGUGGCAGACCGACUCUUCGAUAUGCUCACGGGCUCUCUGGAUCCGCUACAGCUAUUAUUUGGCGAGGAGUACGCAACAGACUUUUACGCUGAGACGAACCGGUAUUCACGAUGCGGCCCCGCGUUAGCCAGAUACCUAACCUUACUCGCUCAUAAGAAUCCCGGCAUGCGGAUUCUCGAAGUAGGCGCAGGUACGGGGUCGACCACGCGCAUCGCGCUCGAGGCGCUGAAGACGGGCGAUGAUGAAAUGUGUCGGUUCUCGAGAUAUGAUUUCACAGACAUUUCCCCCUCGUUGGUAGCAGCUGCACAAGAGGAGCUUGGUCAUGCGAACCGGAAGAUGCGCUUCGCUCAGUUCGAUAUCGAGAAAAGUCCAGGUGAGCAAAAGUUCGAUAUCGGCUCGUAUGACGUGAUCAUUGCAGGAAGCGUACUGCACGCCACAGCAUCAAUUUCGGAAACGCUGAAAAAUGUGAGAGCGUUGCUUCGACCCGGGGGAAAGUUGUUGCUGUUCGAAAAUACACGUCCUGAGCAUGUGCGUAUGGGCUUCGCAUUUGGCUUGCUUCCCGGCUGGUGGCUGGGCGUCGAAGACUAUAGGAAACAUUCGCCGUGCUUAAAUACGGAACAAUGGGAUACUGCGUUGCGCAAGAGCGGGUUUUCAGGUGCCGAAGUUGAAUUUCGAGAUUUUGAGGACAAGGAGAUUCAUGAAACAAGCGUCAUCAUCGGUACUGCUGUUGAAAGUGUGGCCACCGAAGGCAGCGACUGGCCGCUGAUCAUUGCCGACGUAUACAACGAUGUCGAUAUGGCUCUUGCCGAGCGUAUUCGAGUCGACUUGCAACGCGACUACGGUGUUGGGUGCAUCGUUGGAUCUUUGCAGAAGAUGGCGUCUAGCCCUGCCGUAGCUGGACGGUGCUGCAUUCUUCUCGACAUACGACCAGACUCAACAUCUAUGCUGGAAUCGGAGUCCUCCUACCUCGCCGUUCAGAUGCUGGUACAGAAAGCAUCGACGCUGCUGUGGGUGAUCCCUGGAGGAGGCAGGCAGUCUAAUAGCCCUCGGCACGGGCUCAUCAGCGGCCUUUCGCGUACUGUUCGAAGAGAGAUUCCGAACCUCCGGUUUAUUUCACUUGCAUUGGAGAAUCCUGAGCACCUUUCCAUCCAUCAAUCGCCUAUGAUUGUGGCUGCCUACAAGCAAAGCCAGGAAAGUGCGUCGUAUGAACCUGAGUUAGUCGAGAUCGAUGGGUCUCUCCAUAUUAACCGUGUUCUGGAUCAUUCCAGCCUCGAUCAAAAGAUUUUGAGCGAUAUAUCAGGGAUUGAUACUCGGCCUCGAAGUUUUGGAGAAGGGGUUCCGCUGAAGCUGAGCACUAAUUCUGACUCCAAUCUGGACUCACUGUUUUUCGAAGAAGAUACCGACGCAGACACUCCCUUGGAAGCAGACGAGAUUCAGAUUCAGGUACGGGCCAUCGGAUGCAACUUUCUGGAUGCGCUCUCUGCUCUUGGCCGCAUCGAUGUCGACUUCAUGGGAUUGGAAGUUGCAGGAAUAGUUUCCAAGGUCGGCGCUAACGUAACGAGUCUCAAUGUUGGCGAUGCAGUCGUGUCCUUCGCAAUCGAUGCAUAUCGAUCUUACGUCAAAGUUCAAGCUUGUCUAGCUCUUCCACUCCCCACAAGGCUAUCGUUUGUGGCGGGAGCGUCUAUUCCCAUCAACUUCGCCACUGCGUAUCGAGCUCUCGUCGAGGUGGCCUCGCUCCAGGAAGGUGAAACCGUGCUCAUUCACUCCGCGGCCGGUGGCACUGGACAGGCUGCUGUACAAAUCGCAAAACACGUUGGAGCCACUGUGCUAGCUACAGUCAGCACGGAUGAAAAACGCCAAUUUCUUAGUGAGAAAUACCAAAUUCAACCCGAACAUAUCUUUUCAAGUAGAGACGAUGGGUUCUUGUCCGGAAUUCAUCACCUCACCGGGGGUCGUGGUGUCGAUGUUGUGCUCAACUCGCUGUCAGGGGAUCUUCUCCAUGCAAGCUGGGAAUGCAUUGCGCCCUACGGCCGCUUUAUCGAGAUUGGCAAAAAGGACAUAAAAGAAGGAACGCGCAUCAACAUGGCUCCGUUUGCUGCCAAUACGACGUUUUCGUCCGUUGAUCUGGCUGCAAUGAUUCGGCAAUGCCCGCAGAAGACUGGAAGGUUGUUGAGCAAGGUCCUCGAUUUGAUGGCUGAGAAUCGCCUCUCAACAAUCAUGCAAGAGACUUUUAGCAUUGAUUGUGUCGGACAAGCUUUAAGGCAGCUUCUAGGAGGGAAAUCCUUGGGUAAGAUGGUGAUCGAGGUAGACCAGCAAAUCCCCGUGAAAGCAACCACCAGGAUUAAACGGGAGGACCUGUUCUCCGACGCUGCAACCUAUAUCAUAGCUGGUGGGCUUGGUGGUUUAGGCCGCAUGAUAACUAGAUGGAUGGAAAAACGGGGAGCUCGCCAUUUCGUUUUGUUGUCACGAUCCCGACCCACCUCUACAGAUGCUGCAGAGUAUCUAGAUGAGUUGAGGGUUAGGGGAAUUUGCGUAGAAACCCCUUCUUGCAACAUUGGCGAUUUUGACGCAUUGAGCGCUGCCCUGGCCAGAAUCAACUCAAGCAUGCCACCUGUCCGCGGCUGCAUUCAGGCAUCCAUGGUCCUCGAAGAUUCCGUUUUCGAGAACAUGAGUCAUGACACUUUCAACAUACCACUCGAGGCCAAAGUGAAAGGGUCAUGGAACCUCCACCAGCUUCUUCCUUCCGAUCUUGAUUUCUUCGUCAUGCUCUCGUCAGUGGCCGGCAUCUUUGGUAGCGGAGGCCAAGCAAAUUAUGCUGCGGGAAAUACGUAUCAAGAUGCGUUGGCCCACUAUCGACAAUCGCGUGGUCAACAUGCAGUGUCUAUCGAUCUCGGUAUGAUGCUUUCCGAGGGCUACCUAGCCAAUUCUCCGGAAACGGUGGAUCGUCUUGAGAAAACAGAUGGCCUGAUACCCAUUCGCGAAGAGGCGUUCUUCGCAGUUUUGGACGACAUUUGCAAUGUGAAGAAUGGUCACGGAGAGGCUCAGGUCAUUCUUGGACUCGGAAGCCCAGAGAGUAUGCGCGAGAGAGGCAUUACAGAGCCGUGGUGGAUGGAACAACCGCUCUUCCGCGCGCUUCAUCAGCUACCCAACUCUUCUUCAAUUCCAGAUGGCGAAAGCAGCGCCGUCAGCUCACAACAAAAGACAACGGAGAUCGGUGCUUCUUUCCGCAGUGUAAAAGACAUGGAUGCCCUUAGAUCGCUUACAACCGACGCCCUCAUGGUACGACUCAAUCGUACUGUGCCAGGAACAUUUCCCGACGAAGAGGAAAGCAGGCUAGCAAAAGCCGAGGUUCCAUUGCAUAGCCUUGGAGUGGAUUCUCUAGUCGCUGUUGAACUGCGAAACUGGUUUAAAAAGAGCAUGGGCGCAGACAUCGCAACUUUUGAGAUCCUCGGCGGCGUCGGGGUAAAAGAACUAGCAAGAUUGAUUGUUGAAAGGAGCGUAUUGUGCAACAUGUAG